AUGUGGGUUGAAAUAAAUAGUACUAAUGUAGGUCUUAUUCGUGCUGUACUUGAGUAUUUUGAUGCAAAUACAUUUGUUAUUGAUGAUAUUCGAACACGUGAACAACGAAUGAAAAUAUCUAUUAUUAAUGAAGAUAUUUAUCUUUUACUUAGUGUGAUCUAUUUAAAUGAAGCAAAUCACAUUGUUGAACAACAAAAAAUUGGUUUUUAUCUAACAGAAAAUACACUUAUUACUAUACAAGCAUACCGUACACACACAUUAUUUUCAACAAUUAAAUAUCGUUUAAGUAACAAAUCAACAAAAUUAAAAGGUCGUCUUAAAACAAUGAAAACAGAUUAUUUAUUUUAUUGUUUACUUAAUGUUGUCAUGGAAAAUUAUAUGAUUGUAUUAGAUUCAAUUUUGUAUGAAACUGAGCGUAUUGAUAAAGAAUUGAUGUUUUCAACAAAGAUAAAAGCACAUACACUUAGUGUUGAAACAUUAAGAUUACUAUUUUACAUAAAACACGAUUUACUUCAUUUCAAAAUUGUAUGCGCACCAUUAAAAGAUAUAUUUAUUAAACUACAAAAAACUCGUGAGACAGUGGUACCAAAACGACAACGACCAGCAUUACGUCAAUGCCGUCGUCGAUUGAAACGACGAUUACGUCAAACUCUGGCUCAACAUUCUUCACAUAGUUCUCCAUUAACAACUUCCAUCGGUGAUGAAGAUGAUGAAUACAUACUAGAAGAUGGUGUUUUAGUACUUAAUGAUUAUAUUUAUAAAUACUUUAAACGUCUUCUUGAUCAUGCUGUUGAACUGAAUGAUACAAUUGAUUCUCAUUCAGAUAAUAUUACAUCAUUGAUUGAUUUUUACAUGGUUCUUAAUGGAGAUUUGAUUAAUGAUACGAUGCAAACAUUAACAAUGAUGUCAUGUAUUUUUAUGCCUUUAAAUUUUUUUUCAAGUCUAAGUUCGAUGAACUUUGAACAUAUGCCACAGAUUCCUAUGCAUUAUGGAUAUUUUGGACAACUUGCAAUUAUGGGACUGAUUGGAUUGAUAAUGAUCAUUUGUUUCAAAUUGAAAAAAAUGUUUUAA